UCUUCUUCUUCUUCUUCUUCGGGUUGUGUCUAUUUCUUUUUGUGGAAAUCUGGUGUGAUUCUGGGUAUUCAGUCUGAUUCAGGCUAAGAGGAGCAGCUGCCAUAUUCUUUCCCUAAUCUGUAGAGCUACACGGUUUAGGACGUUAAUGCUCUGCAGUAUUUCUGUAGAUUGCAUCAUUUUCAGGCUUUCAUAACAAUGUGACAAGCCUAAUGUAAAACAGAUAUCAAAGAGGUUCUCUGUUUUCGGCGUGGCUGUGAUUUCCUCCUUAUUAAAAGGUCAGCAAGUGGAAGGGGAUGAUACGGGGAGGAGGAUUUGCUGGAUGAAGUACCACACAAUUCAGUUUGUGUGUGUGUGGGGGGGGGUGUCUUUUUGAAAACUGCAGCCCUAGACUUUGGUUUGGAAUUGAAAUGACUGGUUGGCUUCCAUUAAAAAAAAAAAGCUCUGCAAAGCACACAACUCUGCAGCUCUUCCAGAUGUUUUUAAUAAUGCAGCUUGGAACUGUCGCAUCAGCAGUCUAGAGAGCUUAGCUGCUGGGUUUUCUCGUCCUUGCUCUGUUUUGAGCACUUCUCGUUCACAGGUUUCUUUAAAAGAGGGGCCACCAAGCUUCUUUGGCCCGUGGGGACACUUGGGUUGUUUAGUGAGUGCUGUGGGUGCCAUUUGCCCUGGUUACUUCUCCCCACCCCCUUCCCCAGAUCUAUCCUUCUCCCCAACAUCAGAGACAAAGAUAAAGAGUGCACAUGUGGGGAUCUGCGUAAGAGUGGAAUCCAGUAGAAUUUAUCUGAGCCUUGAAACAGCACAUAGAGUUGAAAGAGGAAGUGAGAGAGAGCAUCCUUCUUCCAACUUCCUCCUUCAGCUCUAUGCAGUUUUCAAGGAAGAAAAAGGUAAGCCAGCCUGUUAGUGAACCCAGCUUUACAGUGGUUGCAUGGCGGGAAUGUAGCCUGUUGUACAAAGGUAAAAGUCCUAUGGGAUGCAGGUGGCGCUGUGGUCUAAACAACUGAGCCUCUUGGGUUUGCCGAUCAGAAGGUUGGCAGUUCGAAUCUCCCCAAUGGGGUGAGCUCCCAUUUCUCUUUCCCAGCUUCUGGCAACCUAGCAAUUCGAAAGCACGCUAGUGCAAGUAGAUAAAUAGGUACCGCUGCGACGGGAAGGUAAACGGCAUUUCCGUGCGCUCUAGUUUCUGUCACGGUGUUCUGUUGCGCCAGAAGCGGUUUAGUUAUGCUAGCCACAUGACCCAGAAAGCUGUCUGUGGACAAACACCGGCUCUCUUUACCAAGAGUCACAUCCAUUCUUCUGCCCAGUUUUGCCUCUGGCCACACCACACCCACUGUGAGAUUGGGGCCCCCAGGCUAAAAAAGACUCCCUACCUCUGAUAAAAAGUUUUAUGGAUAUUUGCAGCUUUGUUCCAGAAGAAAAUUGGCAGACAGCAUAGUUUUUUUUUGUAAAAUGUUGCUGUGUGCAGGCAGCAACCAUAACCAUUUUAUGCAUGUCUGAUUGACGCAUGCACAUGCUCACGCUCAUUGCUGCCUACCCAGAAGUGGCACCCAAACAGGGUUGGUCUUAUGCGCACUCUGCUGAUGCAUGCAUGCAUUGGGGGGGCAGUUGUCAGGAAAGGAACCCCCGUGCAAAAUGGUCUUCUACCCCUGUCCUUGGAGAUAGUUUGGAAAUUUGUUAACUGUGUGUAUUCUCCUUCUUGGUGUGUGUAUGCUGGAUCUUAAUUAUUUAAUGAAUUCGUGCUGUCUGGCACAAAAAGGGUGCUUGAGUUAGUGAGAAAACUAUACUACUGUACAAAGGAAAACAUGUAUUUUUCCAGCCACCUUUGGUGCACAGCCCCUGGAAGAUUGCCCCCAAGGGAAUGUGGCCCUUGGGCUGAAUGAGGUUACCUGUAUGAGUUUAAAUUGGAGAAACAGAAAUGCAUACAUAUGGGAAGGGUUGCAGCUCAGUGGCAGAGCAUCAUCUUUGCACAUAGAAGGUCUCAGGUUCAAUCCCCAGCAUUUUCCAGAUGGAGACUCCUGCCUGAUACCCUGGAGAGCUGCUGCCCGUCAUUGUAGACAGUACUGAGCAAGUCUGGCUCAGUAGAAGGCAGUUUCCUAUGACCCAACAGUUUAAACCCCUUUGCUUGCGUUUGAAAUUCGAGAACUGCCGUCUGUGGGCGAUGGAGCAGCAGAGAUUCUAUCCAAAUGUGAGAAGAGAGCAGUGGGUUUCCUCACAACUGUGAGUGCAAGCAGUUUGGCCAUUUCCUUACCACAGCCGUUUACAGCAUAAAGAAGCUUGAGGUGGCCCAAACCCCAGACCAAGAAGGAGAGGGGGCUGCCGAGAAAUGGAAGCAGAUAUAAAAUUAAACCAAGGAAGCUGUGAUUUGAAUAAGGGAGGUGUGGUCAUGGGGAGCAGGAAGAUUGAUCUAUGUACAACAGUCAUGCAAUUUGUGUAUUUGUGGGUGCUACAAGAAUCUGUUUGAGAUGGAAUUCAGUAGCCAGGUUUGAAACUCUGGAUUCCUUGGAUUUUGGUCUGUUGUGGACCUUGCAUCACAAUGCAAGAGACCUUUUACACGUGACCAACUCAGUUUAUCACAUCAAGCAAGGGUUGUCUGAUAUUGUCUGCCGUGCAUGCGUUACUGCGGAAAUCCAUUGCAACCGACCUAUGGUUCAAUUCAGUAGGGCUUUAUUGUCCAUAUCUUGGUAAGCUUGAGGCAUGUAGAAUGAGGUCUCGACCAUGGUGAAACGUUCUGUGGACUUAUAGGCAGAAGGCUUUUUCAAAUGGAUUUAGGAAGCUGCUUUCUACCAAGUACGCCUGGAUCCCCCCCCCCUUUUAGGGUUGAGGAAGAUUCCCCGUGAUUCCCCGCAAAAAGCACAUGCUGCCUUUGACAUUGGAGCAAGAACAUGUGUUUGGAUCCCAAGGUUGGCCUAGGGCCUGCCACUCAAAACAGCACAACCAUUAUUGCUUUGUAUGGAGAGCGCAAAAAACUGGAAGCAGUUGGAUGAAAUUCUCAGAUUGCCUUCCCCAUGUCUUCCAAGUUAAGGGGUCAGGGUAAUGAGAGUCUGCCAUACCUUGGGCAAAUCCUGAGUACCCUGAGCUGUAGCAUGUUACCGGUUUUGCUGCUUGCCAUUUUUCAAUGCUGCUAAUUUCCAAGUCUCUAGCUUAGAAGGUCUUCUUGCAGCAGAGCUCAUAAAAGUUCAUUUUAUGUGUCCAAGAAGGAAGUGGAGCUGAGUCAUCCCUGCCUACAAGUAAACUUUGCCUGUGGUGAAGAAGAAGAAGAAGAAGAAGAAGAAGAAGAAGAAGAAGAAGAAGCCUUGAUUAGUUUGGUGACUAUCGAUCCCCUUCGUAAUUUCUCUCUCUCUCUCUGGCUUUGUGCAGAGCCAGAGAAACCCCUCGAUUGCACAAAGCCAAUGCCAUGAGUUUGUGCUCAGCAGCUCUGAUAAAGAAGACUCCUUCUUGAAGCAUGUGACUUCUCUGACAUCAUGUGAACUGUACAGGCCAUGCUAACAGAUGUUUUUUAGCUAUCUUUUGGUGGGGUACGUGCCUUUUUCCCUGAAGAAGAAUGCUCAGACUUGAAAAGGCUUUGAGCUCAAAUUGUUUUGAGUGCACCUUUUGCAGCCGUCUCUUUGUUCCUGGGCUGAUGCCUUCCAUUUCUCAUUUUCCUUAGCCUGUAGGGUGAGAGAGGGCUAGACAACAAAACCCACACCUUCAGCCUGACCUUUGACUCCUUCCUGACUAAAACUGUGCCCCUCUGUGGCUAUUCUAUAGCAGGAGAGGUGAGGCAGUGGGUACAUUCACACCAUGCAUUUAAAGCACCAUGAUACCACUUUAAACAGCCCCCCAGGAAUCCUGGGAGCUGUAGUUUGUUACAAGUGCUGAGAGUCUCCAUAAGACCCCUUGUCCCCUCAGUUUUACAAUCCCCAGAGUUCCCUGGCAAGAGUAUUUGACUGUCAAAUCACUGAGAAUUGCAGCUGCAUGAGGGGAAUAGAGGUCUCCUAAGGGGCUUGUUAGGGGUCUCAGUACCCCUAACAAACUACAGCCGGGGGGGAGCUUCAAAUGGAUGGUGUGAAUGUGGCCACUGAGGCCCCUUCCAUUGGCUCUGCUCCUCCUUCAGCCAUUCCAACUGGCUACAGCAGAGAGGGAAGAGAGCCGGGCCUCUUCAUAGUCUUGGCUGGAGCUAACCACCAUUUUGCUCCUCCUGGCUCAGAAGCGUCUCCUUCAGCAGCCGUUCAACCUGCUCAUUAUAAUGACUUGGUAACCUUGUUGUAAAAGUGAGAGCACGGAGGUGCUUAUUUUCCUCUGCCCUCCCCAUUCACUUUUCCUUUUGUAUCACAGCUGUUGGAUGGCAUGCCAUUAUUUCAAGUUGAAAGCAGUCUUGAGGGCAUUGGCACAGCAAGUAAACAACUAAGGAAAUACAGGGCUCAAUAAUGUCAUGGCCUCGAUGCUCACGCACAUAGCUGAUGGGCCCAGCUAACAGCUAGCUACUAUUAAAGGUGCUAGGAGUUGUUUCAGGUUUCCAGGAAAGACUGAUGAGGACAUUAGUGGGCCCUUUCUGCUAAUUCUGGUGCUCUUCUUGCCAUAAAUCUUUGUUACGACUGUGGUGUCCUCAGCAUUUGAUUCUGUGGCCUGUGAAAAUGUGCCUGAUAACUCCAGCACUCUGCAUCUAAUGCUGUGGCUUGCCUGAACUGUGUACCCCUUCAUAGGUGGGCUGGGACAGGGUGAGGGGGGGAGGAUGCUGAUCGCUGAAAUCAGUAUAGUGGAAAAUAGGCAUGAAUGAACCUUUUUGCAAUCUCCUUUGGUGAUGGCAGCGGCUGGAGGGGAAACCAUUAAUCAGUUUCCCCACACGUCAUGCCUCCUUUUCGAAAUCUUGAACAUGGUUUCCUCCUCAUCUUUAAUGGGAAAAUACACCCCCCUCCCUGUUUAAUCAGAUCAGGCAAACAUCUGCCUAAUCAUGUAUGAUCUGCUUUUGGAGUUCAUCUCACGUAGCCCAUGCUUCCUAUUUUACAAUGAGAACUCUAGAAGAGCCCUGUGAGAUCAGACCAAAGGCCUGUGUUGUCCAGCAACCUUUCCUGCAGUGGCGAAGCAGAUGUGCUGCAAAUGCCCCUCCAGGCAAAGAGACCUCUCCAGUUUCGGCCGCUAGCAUGCUGCCUCUGAACCUGGUGCAUUAGAGAGCAUUAUGCUCCAUGAAUCCUUUAUCCUUGACUUCCCCAACUUGGCACCCCAGCCCAGUAAGAUAUUAUUGGACUCCAACUCCCCUCAUCCCCAGCCAGCAUAGUCAGGAAUGAUAGAAGUUGUGGUCCAGCAACAUCUGGAAGGCCCAGAAGGUUUAUUCACCCCUCCUUUAAACAAAGAAGAAACCAGCUGUGGAGGACACCUAUCGUCAAGCAUUUGUGACAUUCCCAACACACCUGGCUCCCUAUCACCAGAGCAGUUUUGCAGCUAUAUUCAACAUGUUUGCCAGUAAAUAACAACAACAACAGGAACAAGAACAGGAUUACAGAUAUAUUUAGUUAUUUUAAAGGCUCACAGGCAGUUUAAACCAUGUUAGAAAGAGACUUACAGCUGUACCAGCUUUCAGCUUUUGAUACCUGUAUGUGUGGUGCCAACUGCAUGGGAAGUUGGCUUAUACUGAGUCAGAUGAUUGGUCUAUCUAACUCUGUAUAGUCUGACUGGCAGCGGCUCUGCAAAGUUUCUGGCAGGGAUCUUUCCCCAGCCCUAGCCAGAGAUGCUGAUUAUUGAACCCAGGACCAUCUGCAUGUAAGGCAGAUGCUCUGCCGCUGAGCUACGGUCCUACUGUGAACAUUUUCUGUGUUCACUCUCAUAAGAGCAUACUGUUGUUUCUCUGCCCAACAUGUUACUGCUUUAUUGAUCAGGGAAGGACAGAACUAUUUCUGUGCCAUGUCACUUUUUGCAUAGGCUUACCUGUACUUCCGUUCCAUUGUUUUGUUUAAACAACAACAACAACAACCAACCAACCUCAUUGAAACUGAUACUUACAUAUAUAUGGAGUUUGAAAAAGUGUACAUAGUUUGAUCCAUUAGCUGAGCACUAGAUUCAGAGUCAAAAAGCAUUCAGAGAUAUCCAUUAUCUCUGCUUUAAAUGGUGAUCUGCGUGUUAUUCUGAAAGGUGUGGAUUUGGGACACGCUGCAUGCAAGUGUUUGCAAAGACUGAAUUCCUCAAGCGUUACUUAUUGCCGAGUACCCUUUUUUCACUGGAGAAGAAGCAGGCGUUGGGUGUUUAGUGUGUCAAACUGGCAUAACUGCUUUCCUGUAAUGAAAUUGGUGGAAAGGUUGCCAUCUUUCCCCCCUGUUUCAUCGUCCAAUUCUCCACCCCUCAACUUUCCCUGCACAGAGUCUUUUUGACUCUGAAGCAAAUAACUCAAGUAAAGUAAACAGAAAUACCAAAAAAGAGCCUGUCCCCUGAGAGACCAGGGGCCGGGGCGGAGACUGAAGGGGGCUCCCAUUAAUUUUGAAAUCAGGAACUGUGGGGCAGUGUGUGUUUCGUUCUUUAUGCUUGGCUGAUGUGAAUAAGCUAUUGGGAGCAAAAGGGGCACUGCUUGUAGGCGAGGGCCAGGACAAGAGAGAGAAGCGGGUGGGACUGAUCCUCUAAGAGCCCUGGAAACAAAAUUGGGGGUUUAGCCUAGGUUUUUAUUCUUGCCACAAGAGUGGCUACUUCUCAAGGUGGAAGAGGCGAACCAAAAGAAGGAACCUCUUCCUCUCCUCUCCUCUCUCCCAGCCAAAAAGAUGAAUCACAUUCCCAAAAUUACAAUUAAGUUUUCAGCUCUCGCAGAACACCAGGGCAGUGAGCAAAUGGUGACGUCUCAACUCUGGUCAGGAGGGAGUGGUUUUUAUUUCCUUUCCACCACCUCCAACUGUCUGCUGUCAUUAGACUUUUUGACUUACUUUAGAGCAACCCUGGGUGAAAACCGACUAUACUCACAGAGAAGAUCAGAAGGAAAAGUGUGGCACAUCUCUGACGGUCACUUUCUUUCUCUGUAGCAAAAUUACGUUUGCGUUUUUUACUGCUCUCCAUUUGAAUUAGGCACAUUGGGAUUUAGUCUAGCCUGAAUCUUAUUUUAUUUUUGCACGGGGAGACGACAACGUGCCUUUAUUUUUAUUUUUGUCUGUUUAUAGAAAGUUCCUGUUUCAAACAUCUGGAUUUUGUUGGUUGUUGGGUCCUUGCACCCAUCCCCCUCUUCUUUUUUCUUUACUUCUUCCCUGGAUCUUGAAGUGUUUUCAAACUGGAUUGGGAAACUUUUCAGUGGCAAAAAGUUUCAAGGACGUUUUGGCGUUCCCCCCUCCCAAGCAGCAAAUCUCCUUCUGCAUAGCCAACCAUAUCCAUCCUGCAUACUGCUUGCAUCUUUUAUACAAGUAGCUCUAUGUUUCAAUGAGUCUUUUUUUUUAAAUAAAAAAAAUCAACCAGUCACAGUGGUGAAGUUUCUCUCCCCCCUUUCUUCCUGUUGAGAGAACUGGCCAGACUCAAUGUGAUUCAGAGAGAGAGAGAGAGAGAUCUUGCCGAGACUCGAGGACCCUUAGCAAAAACACAUCUGGGAGAGAGGUUUUUGGAUUUUUUGAGUUCUCGCUUGCUUGCGAAUCUACCCUGGAGUUGAUGAUUAGCUCUGCUCUUCAUAACCCCAAUCCUCAGACAAAAUGUACGAACGUCAUAAGAGACGAUAUAGCCUAUGUGACAUUUCGAAGGUGGACAGGACUGUGGAUGUUGUGCUCUUAAAGAUUAACCGUGAAAGUUGGAGUCCAGUUGAAACUGCUCAGGAUCUGUCACUGUUGGAGCCAAAGCAUCCAUGUCGUUCUGCAGAAAGUGAUAAUUUCCUAGAAGAUGGACUAAGUGGCGAUUGUUCCUCAUCGCAAGACGUACUUAAAAGAAGAUCUGAGAGCGAAUCCGACCUCUUUCCUCUCUCAGGAGAUGGGAUGGACGAGGUGGAUUUCGGGAAGCAGCCCGAAGAGGAGCAGUCGGCGGGCGAUAGCACAAGUUCUAGUUUCUCUGCCGAUGAUACGCUGUCCCUAGAAAGGAACUCGUCCCUUGGGAGUGACAUCUCCCUCCCUCAGGCACUAGGCUUCAGCAGGCCCAAGGAUCGGCACAGCCUGGAUGGCAGCUGCUUCAACAUGGCAACAAGCGCCGAGGGCCAAGAUGGCGAAGGUGGUGUCUCCGGGGAGCUGGAUGAAGAGCUGGACAGCAUCACGGAAGUGCCCCCUCCUGCCUCUGCCCUGAAGAGCUCCAUGAGGCCGCUGUCUCCUUUCCGCCGGCAUAGUUGGGGCCCUGGGAAGAAUGGCAGCAACGAGGCUGAGAUGAACCAUCGAAGUUACAGCUUAGAAGGCCUUGCUGGGGAGGGUGACGGUACUAAGAAGCCACCCUCCAGCCUCGAAACGGCAACUCUGAACACCAAAGAUCUCCGGCAAAGCCCCCUGGCAAAUGAUGAGCGCGGUUCUCUAGUCUCACUCACCGAAGAAGAGCUGGAACUAGAGCAAGGGGCAAUUAGAAGUCUUAACCGCCAGAUACGCCAAAGAUCUCAGCCCCGUGCCUUCAGCUUCACUGCAACUCCUGUUUCUCCCCCACUGACUAAGUCCAUGUCAUUGAUGACCAUUGGCCAAGCUGGACCAGACACCCAGGGACGGACUCGGCCAUCCAGACGAAUUUCCUUCUCCUUCAGCAUCUCUCCACUCAUUCCUAAGUCUAAAACUGUCUUUUCUAUUGGCUCUUCUUCCAGUGAUGAGGAUGAGGAGUUGGAUAGUAACAGAUCUUUCAGCAGUACCGGCAGUUCAUUGACUCAAAGCAUCAGCGAGGAGAGCGGCAAUUUCCUGCCUCCCAGCCCAUCCAGAAAGGACUUGGACAGCAAAAGUGGAACGAAAGUCAGCCGCACGUUCAGCUACCUCAGGAAUAAAAUGGUCAGCAGUAAGAAGAGCAAAGAAAAAGAGAAAGAGAAGGAGAAAACAAAAGAGAAGGACAAAGACUCCAAGGAAAAGGACAAGAAGAUGAUAAAUGGGCAUCUCUUCAGUGCCACCCCGACGGUGGGACCUGUCCAUUGUUUCCACUGUUUGAAGCCUUUUAACAAGGAUUCCUUUGCCUGUGCAACUUGUGGUGUCCUAGUCCAUAAAAACUGCAAGGAGAGCGUGGUUGCUUGUGCCAAAACCAAAAUGAAGAAAGGAGGCCUUCUAGUUAAUGAUACUUCCUCGUUACCUACAGUAAUUAUGAGAAAUAAGCCUUCUCAGCCAAAGGAGAGACCUCGAUCUGCGAUUUUAGCCCCUGAUGAGAACACCGUGACCUCCAUGUUCAAUAGCAGGCGAUCCCAGCAUAACCCUUCCCUUUCAAAAAGUGUCUCCAUCCAGAACAUUGCUGGAGUUGGGAACGAUGAAAACAUACUUUCAUGGAAGUUCCUCUCCCAGUCAACGGACUCCUUGAAUAAAAUAAGUCGGGUGAACGAAUCUAUGGAGUCAUUAACAGAUGAAGGUGCAGACAUGAAUGAAGGCCAGCUCAUGGGAGAUUUUGAAACAGACUCAAAGCAGCUGGAAGCCCAGUCCUGGAGUCAAGUCGUAGACGCCAAGUUUCUCCGGCAACAAAAGAAGGAUGUUGUGAAGCGGCAAGAUGUCAUUUAUGAACUGAUGCAGACGGAAAUGCACCACGUCCGCACCUUGAAGAUCAUGAGCGACGUGUACAGCAGAGGAAUGGUGCAGGAACUGCAGUAUGAGCAGCAGAUGGUGGAAAAAGUCUUCCCCUGCCUGGACGACCUGCUAAACAUCCACACCCAGUUCUUCCAGCGGAUUCUGGAGAGGAAGAAGGAGUCGCUGGCAGACAGAAGCGAGAAGAAUUUUGUCAUCAAGAGGAUAGGGGACAUCCUUGUGAACCAAUUUUCUGGGGAGAACGCUGAGAGAAUGAAGAAAACCUACGGCAAGUUCUGUGGGCACCACAAUGAGGCGGUGAAUUACUUUAAAGACCUUCAUUCCAAGGAGAAACGGUUUCAAGCAUUCAUCAAGAAAAAGAUGAGCAGCUCUGUGGUGAGGCGUCUGGGCAUUCCCGAGUGCAUCUUGCUAGUAACACAGAGGAUCACCAAAUAUCCUGUGCUGCUACAAAGAAUACUGCAGCAUACCAAAGAAAACGACGAGGAACAUCAAGAUUUGGUGCUGUCCCUAAACCUGGUGAAGGAAGUAAUCACUGCUGUGAACAGCAAAGUCAGCAACUAUGAGAAGAAGAUGCGCCUCAAUGAAAUCUACACCCGGACGGACAGCAAGUCUAUCAUGAGAAUGAAGAGUGGGCAGAUGUUCGCCAGAGAGGACCUGCGGCGCAGGAAAUUUGUCCGGGAUGGGCCCAUUUCCCUGAGAAAUGCAGCCAGCAAAUUGAAAGAAGUCCAGGCUGUUCUCCUCUCAGAUGUUCUGAUAUUUCUUCAGGAAAAGGACCAGAAAUAUGUGUUUGCAUCUCUGGAUCAAAAAUCCACAGUGAUAUCUCUGAAGAAGCUGAUUGUCCGAGAAGUAGCCCAUGAGGAGAAGGGCUUGUUCCUUAUCAGCAUGGGAGGAAAGGACCCAGAAAUGGUGGAAGUUCGCGCCAGCUCCAAGGAAGAGCGCAACAGCUGGAUACAAAGCAUCCAGGACACCAUGAAUACUAUGGAUAAGGAAGAAGAUGAAGGCAUCCCUAGUGAAUCAGAGGAGGAAAAGCGAGUGCUUGACACCAAAGCCAGGGAACUGAAAGAACAGCUCCAUCAAAAAGACCAACAGAUUAUCACGCUGCUGGAGGAGAAGGAGAAGAUCUUUCGGGACAUGACAGACUGCAGCGGGCAUGAGGACAGCUCGGGGUCUAGGACCUUGUUCCGGGCCAACACGGAAGAGGCACCCAAGGGGGAAAGUGUGAUGAAGAGCGUGAUAACUGAAGUUGAGCUGUUGCAAGGGUUGGUGAGCAGGAGCCUCGGAAGUGCCCUUGGGCAACAGAUGAGCAGCCUCACCUUGGAGCAGGAGGGCGUGGGACCCGUCUCCCUCCCCAGGAGGGCAGAGACAUUUGGAGGAUUUGACAGUCACCAAAUGAAUGUCUGCAAGGGGGUGGAAAAGGUUGAAGGAGACGAUGUGCAGGACCUUCGGAGGACAGAGUCAGACAGUGUUUUGAAGAAGGGAGGAACAGCUAACUUGAUGUUUGUGCUGAAAAGGAACAAUGAGCAAGUUCUCCAGAGCAUCACUCACCUCCACAGCUUGCUGGGUAUGUUGCAGGCUGUUGUCGUGCAGCAGGACACCUACAUUGAGGACCAGAAGCUGCUCCUGACGGAGAGGGCCCUGACCCGCAGCUCCCUGCGCCCCAACUCCCUGAUUGAGCAGGAGAAGCAGCGCAGCCUGGAGAAGCAGCGGCAGGAGCUGGCCAACCUCCAGAAGCAGCAAGCCCAGCACCAGGAGGAGAAGCGGAAGAGGGAGCGGGAGUGGGAGGCCCGCGAGAAGGAGGUGGCGGAGCGGGAGGCCCGGCUGGCCCAGCGGGAGGAGCAGCUCCAGAAGGGGCACCACAGCCUGGAGAAGGAGCAGGAGGAGCUGCAGCAGAAGAAGGCCACCUACCAGCUCGACCUGGAGCACCUCCGGGCAGCCCAGAAGCAGCUGGAGAAGGAGAAGGAGCAGCUCAAGAGGGACAUGGAACAGAUCUCCCAGCUGCGGGCAGAGCCCAACCACAGUCCACUUUCCAACCAGCACGGCAAGAUGACCAGGACACCUUCCCUUCCCAUGCCCGACGACUCAUCUUCCAGGCAACAGGGCCAUUUGGAGAAAGAACUGUCUGCGUCGCCCAAAAAGAACAGCCUCGCAAGGACACACAAGGAGAAAGGCGCUUUCCACCUGCUUGGCACGACAACGUCCAGCCAAGCCAACAAGGCAGCUGACGGACAGGGUCAGGUGCAGAACCGCCUCUUUGGCUUGGCCAAGCCGAAGGAGAAGAAGGAGAAGAAGAAGAAGGGCAAAGGGCACCGUUCUCAGCCAGCUGAGGCUCAGUCGCCAGAAGCAGCACCGGAGGGCGAGGAAAUCUUCUGCUGACCCUACUGCUUCACCUCCUGCAAGGACGAGGCUGCCCUGUGCUGCGCCCUGCAGAGCACUCCCCAGCACAGGGCAGGUGCAGCAGCGGCUCUUGUCUGCCUUGAACUGAAUUGUCCUUGCAGCAGAAAACCCACCUGUGUGCCUACAAUUUGCAGCCUGCUCCCGACUGCUGGCUCUGCCCGUGUCCUGGAUCCAUUACCUUUUAAAAGGCAGCAGGGGAGGCAAAAGCUUCGGACUCUGUGUGUGGCCAGACUGGGCAGGCUUGGUUUGGGCUGCACGUGUCUCUCCGAAAGGAAAAGGAAGAAAGAAAAGGAAAAGCAUCCGUUCUGGGUGCAAUGCUGGCUGUUCAGACAGGCACUCCCUGCUUCUGUUUUCAUCUCCAAAGAUUGGGAAAACAUGCAUCCCAGGGUGGCAGCUUGGCUGAUCUUCUCUUGGGGAAGUCCACCAAAAACCGUCGCCCUCUAUAGCAAAAGCAUGGGGCUCUUUAAUGCAAUGUUUUGUACAUUGCCAUAUAUAUAGAUAGUACUGUAUAUAUACUUAUAUAUAAAUAUAAAUAUAGAAAAUGUAGCUGUAUAUCCGUUGGGGUAUGCUUUAAUUCUGUACAGAAAAAGCUGGCUGAGCUUAGCUCUUCCCUAAAGGUUUAGCUGAUACCUGAUAAACUGUUCAGGGACUGUGUUGAUAUUAAAUAUCUCUUUACUCGUUGGCACUCUGUUCAAGUGCUUCUGCCACUGGCAAAAAUACCUUCUCCCCCAAAAUAUCCACCUGUGUGUUGGGGAAUGGACUCAAGCCCAUGUAGCGGCAAAGCGGCCAACUCAAUUAGGAAGGUGGCUUCCCAGUAGAGAGGCUCUGAGGACCUGUUUGCACACAGAAUAAGUCAUGCCGCAGGAUCCACACACUGGUGCAUUGUAGGAAUACUGGAGGCACUUGGCUGGUUCACAAUUCCAGGGACAGUAUCAGGGAUCUUCUGCUCGAUAGAAGCAAAAGUGUAAGAAUGGAUUUGAGCUGGUUAAGGCUACCAAGUCAGAAUGAAAUAUGAAUGGGCAAUCUUUGAAAAUUGAGACAGAUGGAGUGUAUGUUUUAGGGACAGGGAAGGGAAAUCUUUGGCUUUUGAGAAGUUCCUGGACUCCAGCUCCCAUCAUCCCUGACCGCUGGCCAUGCCAGCUGAGGCCGAUGGGAGCUGUAUUCCAACAAUUUCUCAAGAGCCACAUGCUCCCCAUCCCUUCUUCAGAAGCCACUUCAGGAAAGCCGCCACAGGCCAAUGUUUAAAUCACAACUACUCUCAUCCCUUUUGAAAUGAACACAAGGGAAGGCCUGACUCCCUAGCCCAAGAACACCUCCUUUCCCAGAAUGCAGCUCUCCCAUCUCAGCCUUCAGUAUUAAUAAUAGUUUCAACUGGAAAGCCACUAAUACACCAUAGAGAUCACUUGACUGCUUUUGCCCAUGAGAUGGUUAGAGGCAAAAACCAACAGCAGCCCAAAUUCUCAUUUCUCUUCCCUUGGCUUCUCUGAGCAAGUACCUGUUUUGUUUUUCUCCAAAUUUGCUGGGUCAUCUCUUUGCUAGAAGUACUACCUUCAUAGCCAUUUUGAAGGGUGUUCAACUGGCGGCAACUUGGGUGGGAAAUGAGCCAUAUAAGCAGAAGUGCAAUGGCCUUUCACUUCCAUGCAUAGUGGAGUCCACUGUAGCCUCUGAACAUCCCUCAUCGGGUUAGGGGAACUUGGUGGGUGAGUGUUGGUUAAGGUAAAGGCGAACGCUGUGGCCUUCCAGUUGCAACUCCCAUCUGCCCCCUGCCUGCACAGCCAAAUGGUCAGGGAUGAUGGGAGUUGUAGUCAGACAACAGCUAGAGGGCCACAGUUUUGCCACCUUUAAGAAUUGCAAAGUUCCAAAUCUGGCAUCACAGGUUGUGUCAAUGCAAACCAUCAUUUUUGAGGUGGAAGAGAGAAAUAAUGCCCCCCCCCCCCCGAUAAAAUGGUUCCUUAUGACAUCUGGAAAUACUUGGAUAUGUUUCUAGGACUUAGCAUAUGGGUGAACCUUUGCAACUUGAACGCCAUGGGUUGGGGGAAUCCGUUCAUGGCAAGUUUUCCAGCUUAUAAAUGAUUGGGUGGCUCAGCCUUUAGGAGAGUUUGGUGCAUAGUUCUUCCUUCUUUUCUUUUUGGACUCCAGAGUUAAUUCUUCUGGCCAUGCAUACUCCAGUGUUUGAGUCACAGAAUGAGCGCCCUUCACUCUGGUGAAUACAAGCAUAGUGAGUCAGGCCACAUGCAAUGACUUCUUGACUAUUUGGCUUUGCUCCACCAGUCACACUUAAUGGGUUCACCUGAUGAUUCCUGUGCAGGUGGUGGUUUAUCAGGUUCAGAAAUGCAACCAAUGCGAUUGGUGCUUUCUGUAUGGAAUCUCACAAAGCUGUUUUUCCUUCUGCAAAGCAAGCAGUGACCCUGAGUGGGCGAAGAGAUUAAAUUGCAUCCUUCAUUGCACUGGGAGCAAGAAGGCAGCAGGGCAGAGAGGGAUGCAGCCCCAGUGGGAAAUUUUUGGAGUUGGUGUGUGAAAGGACUUUCUCUCUAGUGCCUUGUGCCAAUGCAAAAAGAAUUGUGGAACAAGCUGGCAAAGUAGUUCCUUAUGUGGAAAUGCCAAGGGAAGAUGAAAGCUCCCCUCUUAUUAUAAUUUUUUAAUAAUAUAGACUCCCCAGAGAUUACUCCUGUAGACUGGAGAAAAGGGCACAAAUAGUGCGCUUUCUCUCUUUCGCCUUGCCUCUGCCCCGCCAAAUCCUUGAAGCAUUUUGAAAGCUUCCUUUUCCUACCAUGUUUUCAGACUUAUUUUUUAAUGAAAGGUUUGCACUAUUGUCCUGAUGCCUUCUCCCUUUAGAGCGUCUCAGGAUUUGUGGUUCUCCCCCCCCCCCCCCAAUGCAAGAGUCUUGUGCGGAAAAACAAGAGAAAACUCUUUAACAAGCCUUCAGUGCUGGGCAAGUACGUCAGGUCUGUCUUGGCCGGCAAUGGAGAGCCUCCCUCAGCCUGGCUGAGUCUGAAAGCUCUCUAAGCAAUUCACUCUCCAAAAGCACAGCAGGAGGCAGCUGUGGAGGUCUACUUUUUAUUAUUGUCGUUACUUUAAUUAUUAUUUUUUUGUUCUUGUUGCUUGUUCUCUGACUGCAAGCUGGGCUUGCCUUAAAAAAAAAAUCUUUCUGUUUGUUUGAAAGAGCUCUGGAUUAAAAAAAGAAGAAGAGAGAAACGUUUACUGAGCUGUUUUUGUUUUGAAGCUGGUCUUGUCAAACCCAAAGUGGUUUUUUUUUUCCUUAUGUAAAUAUUAAAUCAAUCACCGAUAAAUUAAUAAUAAUAAUAAUAACCUGUAGAGCACUGAAUGCAAUUGACCACUGCUAGGGAACAACCUCUAAAACCCAUUGUCUCUUUUCAGAGAUUCUAAAGGCAGGUUGAAGGCAGAUCACUUCUUACAUUGGAUAUGCUCAUCCCAUUUUCAGUGCUGCUAAAUGAGUUUUUGCAGGCUGGGGUAACUUUAUUUCCUUAAGUUGUUUGUCCAGAGGUGGCAGUGAGAGAAAACAAGCAUGUAUAAGAAACAGAAAGCACGGCCUGCCUGGAACCACCUUCAUUCCUCUCAAAAACUAUUGUCUCUAACUUUUAUUUAAUAGCAGACUAGCUGUUGCUGCUCAGCCUUAUCCUCUCCAUCUCCCCCGCCCGUGCUUUACAACCUGGUUUUCAUCCAUGCAAAGGACCACGAUCCACAGUGUCUAUAUAGUUUCCCCUUUAGCAAUGCAGCUCAGUUUUAAAGCUCAGGAUGAAUGGUUUAAUCUAGUAUUAUUAAUGUCUGUGGGUCAUUGCAUGGAUGCCGAGGGGCACCAGAGGCUGGGAGCAAAAUGGAAUGCCAUUUCAUGUGGCAACAUUUUAGCAAAAAAAGAAAAAGUUUUUAAAAGUCUGCUGCCAUUGUUCCUUUUCUUCACACAGAGAGGAGUCCGGUGUUCCAUAUAAAAGAGAGAGAUGGAUUUCUGUAUUUAAAUAAAAUUUGUAGGUGUUCGAAGGUUCCUUCUAUUCAAUUAUUCUCUGGUUCAGCAUUCCUCAACCUGGUUCCUUCCAGUGCAAGUUGUUGUGACCCAAAGCAUCUAAAGGCCACCAGGUUGGGGAAAGCUGAAUUAUAUAUGGUUAAAAUAAAGGUAUGAUAAUUUCUUUCUGACAGUGAAUGAGUACAUUUGCAUAUUUGCCAGAAAAAUGUAUUAUAAUGAUGUUUUCCUCUUCAUUUGGACUGUUUUUUUUCUCUCUCCCACCCGCCCCACUAUCUAGGCUUGUAUAAGGGUACCUGUUUCAUAUUUCUGGUUGAAAGUAAUGUUUUAAAAAAACACUUUAAAAAUAGAAACAUACAACAGUGAAGAAACACCAACAACCUAAACUGCUAUAUGUUAAUUUGUAAUUAUGUAAAAAGUAGGUUACUGAUUGUAAAAUUUUACAAAGCUCCCCCUUGUAAUUUGCAAAAAAGAAGAAAAAAAAUCAGAUUUUUGUAAUAGCUUUUAUUUAUCUGCCUUCCUUAUUAAUUAAUGAGAGCAAUUUCUUGUAAAGUCGUUUCCCCUUCCCCUCUAAAUAAAUCUUGGUUUUAAGUCUGA